GUACGUGGGCACAUUUCCUUCAAAACCCCCUAAAGUAUCCAAACAGUACAUUUCAGAAUUCAACGCACCUGGACGCCCUUUGGAAAAAUGCUUAGACCAAACAGCUCCAGUUCCACCCUUCUUCUACCCCAUACCCCUCCCCUAAAUCUCUACAAAACCGUCGGUCUUUUGAGGAGCCGCACCAUCACUUACCCAGCUACCACGGCCGCCAUGUCGACCGUCUCUACCGGGAAAGAGGCCGUUUCGACCCAGGACCUCCUGCCCGUACAGGUUGCAAAGCGAUUGGAGAAGUUCAGAACUACGAUCUUCACCCAAAUGAGUAUGCUUGCCAUCAAGCAUGGAGCAAUAAACCUGGGGCAAGGGUUCCCCAACUUUGACGGUCCAGAAUUUGUCAAAGAAGCAGCCAUUGAAGCCAUUAAAAGUGGGAAAAACCAAUAUGCCCGUGGAUAUGGGGUCCCCGACCUCAACUCGGCUGUUGUUGCAAGGUUCCAAAAAGAUACUGGACUUGUGGUGGACCCCGAAAAAGAAGUAACCGUCACCUCAGGGUGCACAGAAGCAAUCGCUGCAACUAUGUUAGGCUUGAUAAAUCCUGGAGAUGAAGUGAUCCUAUUUGCUCCGUUCUACGAUUCUUAUGAGGCCACUCUUUCAAUGGCUGGUGCCAAUGUCAAAUGCAUCACCUUACGGCCUCCUGAUUUUUCAGUACCCCUUGAGGAGCUAAAGUCCACAAUCUCAAAAAACACGCGUGCAAUUCUUAUAAAUACCCCUCAUAAUCCCACUGGCAAAAUGUUCACUAGGGAGGAACUCAAUACAAUUGCAUCUCUCUGCAUUGAGAAUGAUGUUUUGGUUUUCACUGAUGAAGUUUAUGAUAAGUUGUCUUUCGAAAUGGAUCACAUUUCCAUGGCUUCUCUUCCAGGAAUGUAUGAUAGGACCGUCACUAUGAAUUCUUUGGGAAAGACAUUCUCCUUGACGGGGUGGAAGAUUGGGUGGGCCAUAGCUCCACCACACUUGACAUGGGGGGUGCGCCAAGCACAUUCGUUCCUCACUUUUGCUACCUCCACUCCUAUGCAAUAUGCGGCAGCAGCGGCUCUUAGAGCCCCCGAGUCCUACUACGAGGAGCUAAGGAGGGAUUACUCGGCAAAGAAGGCGAUUUUGGUUGAGGGGUUGAAGGCUGUCGGUUUCAAGGUGUACCCUUCAAGCGGGACCUACUUUGUGGUGGUGGAUCACACCCCUUUUGGACUAGAAAACGAUGUUGCGUUCUGCGAAUACCUCAUUAAGGAAGUUGGAGUUGUAGCAAUUCCAACGAGCGUGUUUUACUUGAACCCGGAAGAUGGAAAGAAUCUUGUGAGGUUUACCUUCUGCAAGGAUGAAGGUACUCUGAGGAGUGCAGUUGAAAGGAUGAAAGAGAAGCUAUCGAGGCGUUGAUAGUUUGUUUCCCAGACAUUGUUAAAUGAAAUACUACUCCUCAACAUUGGUGGGCUUAUAUAAUAAUUCUGUAUUAGAGGUAACAGUUAUCCUUCUUACAAGGUCAAGUUGUACGUGUUGCUACAACUUUUUGCAUUUGCAGUAGCAAUGUGUCCCCAGACAUUUGUUUGAUCCUUAGUUAGGAAGAAUAUUAGCUGGGAGUGAAGUGGCAGAACACUCUAAGCAUUCUUUAUUUCUUUGACCUCAGGAGGAUAAAUCAUCCUGUUAUUUAUAAGCCUUGUCCAAAAUUUGGUGCGGAUUUUUUUUAAUACAUCUCUAAUGCAGUUUUAUUGAA